AUGGAUGAACAAGGUGGGGAAGACGAGUUCAGGAGGUGUAGCAGAAGUGCGUCGGGGGGGUGGAGGUGUAAGGAGAGGGCAAUGGGGGGAAGAAGGUACUGCGAGAGGCAUUGUUUGUAUUCACGGCAGAGAAACGAGAUUAAGAAGAAGAAAGUUGCCUCUGGGUGUAUUGGUGUGCCCCAGAAAAGAACAAAACAAAGAAAAAAACCUGAAGGUGAUUUGGAAAAUGGGGUUGUGGUUGGCGGAGUUGUUGGCAACGGGGCUAAAGGGUUGUUUGGCGAUCACGAUGGUGGUACCCAUGCUGUUGAGGAAUUUGCUGGGCUAUAUGGUGAAGGGAAUGACGGUGGGCUGCAUGUUGCUUUAGGCUGUGAAAGUUUUCGCCUUUGGGGUGAAGAAGAGGGUCAGCAUGUACAUGUGCAUGGUUUUGGGGGAGGAUUUGGCACUCUGGGUCAGGUUGAAGGACGGGUUCAAUGUCAGCCAUGGAGAAACGGAAAUGCUGGUGGGGUUUUUGAUGACGUCCAGGGAGGUCAUGCAAGUAGAGCUGGUGUGCAUGUUUGUGAAAAUGAUUUUCUGGAACUUACUUCUGAAGGUGUAGAAGGGCUAAUGGUUGAAGCUGAUUUUGAUAGUCUAUAUGAUCAGGGCUGUGAGGAAGAUGUGAUUUUCGUUGGCUCUGAUAUAGCCAUGCCCGACUCUGCUGCUCCUGGUGCUCCUGGUGGUACGGGGAUUCAUGGGUUGGGUAGUGAAAAUGCGUACGAGUUUAAAGGUGAAGAAGUUGUUGAGUAUGUAGGAAAUCCAGAUGGAUAUUGUAAAGUUAAAGGUGAAACUUUUGAUGGCAUAGAUGUGCCUGGGUCAAAGGAUAAACAUGUUCACACCAAUUGUAAAGGACAAACUGUUACUGGAAAUAAUAAAGCAGGAAAAAAUGGGAUGAAUAGUGUCACAGUUUUAGGGUCUGUCUUUAAAAUUAUUGAUGAAGGUGAAGUUCUGGAUGAGAUUGUAAGGCCAAUGAAAAGUGAUCGACCAAAGGAUUCAACUGGGAAGUGUAGUGUCGCAAAUCUAGAGUCUGUCUCUAAGGUUGGUGAAGAAAGUGCAGGGCUGAUUGAUAUCAGGGGGACAAAUAAAUGUGGUCGACGAAAGAGUUCAAAAAAGGUGAGUAGUGCCAUUGUUUUAGAGUCUGAAAGAUCAGUCUUUUCUGUUGAGGAAGAAAAGGCUGGUGAUGAAGUUGCAGGUCUGGGUGAGAUGUUGAGGCGGCCAAAGAAGCGUGGUCGACAAAAGGGUUUAAAUAGGAUGAGUAAUGUCACAGUUUUGGAGGAAGGCGAGGCUGAUGAUGAGGAAGCAUGUUUGGGUGAGAUUGUUAGGCCGAAGAAGCUUGGUCGACCUAAGGGUUCAACAAAUAGGAUGAGUAUGAUGACAGUUUUGGAGUCCGAAAGACCAUUGCUUUCUGUUGAGGAAGGUAAGGCCGGUGUUGAAGAUGCAGGCUUGGGUGAGAUCGUGAGGCCAAAGAAGCGUGGUCGACCAAAGGGUUCUAGGAAUGAAAAAUUUGUUUUGCAUGUAAGUGAUAAUGUUGUCGUCAAAUUUGCAGGAACCAGGACGCUUGGCCGACCAAUAGGUUCAAGAGGACGACCAAAAGGUUCAAGAGGAAGAAAUAAGAGUGUUGUGUUGGUUGGUAAUCAAGUUGUUGGUGAGAUAGCAGGACCCAGGAAGCGUGGCAGGCCAAAGGGUUCAAAAAAUAAAAUGAAUAAUAUUGUUGAGAUUGAUAAUAAAGUUGAGGUUGAAAAUGAGGUUGCGGGUUCAGGUGAGAUUGCAGGACGUAAGAAACAUGGUCGACCAAAAGGUUCCACAAAAAUUAAGAAGAAUGCUCUGGAGGUUAAUAAUGAAUUUGCUGGUGAUGGUGAGGUCAGAGGACUUAAGAAAUAUGGUCAACCGGAAGGUUCAAAGAAAUGGUGUACUGGUGUGUGCACUUCUAGCAAUGAAGUGGCAGUUGAGAUUGCAAGACAAGAUGUGGAAAACAAAAUGUCGAGCAAUCUGUGUCAAAAUGUUUUAGAUGAACUUGCAAGCCUAAAUAAUAAAUAUGGUCCGUCAAUGAGUACAAGAAGUGACAAGAAGAGUUUUGUAUUUCAGGGUCAGAUGUAUCCAGAGAUGUCUAGUUAUAAUCAUGUAAAAGGUGAUGAUGGAAGCACAAGUGGUUUGGAGAAAGAAAAAGGGACGCCUCGAGAACCAGUCAAAGAAAUUGAAAACAAUAAGAUUACAUGGUCAAUUGUUAAGCGUGGUCGCCCAAAGGGAUCAAGGAACAAGGUAAAACUAGCAGGUCAGGACAUGGCUUCUGAAGUUGUGCUUGCUGAUAUAGUUCUUUGUCCUGCAGAUUUGGGAACUGUUGCAACUUGUGCUAUAGGUGAGGAAAACAUAGGUUCUUUUCCCAAAAUAUCUGGCAGUGCAAAAUGUGUAGAUGGGGAUGACAAAUACUGUGUUAAACCAAAGCAUGGUCGACCAAAAGGAUCUAAAAAUAUGGUUAGAGAAGCUGGAAACAAUUUUGACAAGGGGCAAAAAACGCAUAGUAUGCCAAAGAAUUCUAAUAGAAAGGAAAAGGAGUCUGCUUACCAAUUUGAUUCACUGAUAGAGAGCCAUGGUCCUGUAGUAGAUAAAGAAGGAAAAAUUUCUGCUGAAUCUGCUUCCAGAAGUGAUAUAAGUCAACAGAAAAAGAAUUAUAGCCAACAAAAGAGUUUUAGAAGUACAAGACAAACAAUUAAGCAAAGCCAAUCAUGGGGUCUAAAAGAACAGACACCAGCUGGUGUUAAUAUAGUAGAUGAAAAUGAGUCCGAUGGUGUUACACAAAGAUCCACGAUAUAUGUGACAAAACAACCAUUACAAAAUCAGAAUAUUACUCGUUUCAGCAAAGUUUUGAGUAGGAUUAAGCCACAGAAGCAGGUGCUGGAAGAAUGCGUUUCAAUGCUAGAAGAUCAAGUAAAAGAGGUAAAGAAGUCCGAUUUUCUUCUUGAAUUCUCAGAGGAUCCUGGAAAUGAAAAUGCAAAAAGAACAGGAUUGACUGGUAGAACCAACUAUGAUCAGAAAAGACGUAGUGAAAGACUGAAAGCAUUGCUUAUCGAUGGCAAGAAUUUUCAGGGUGUUGGAGGGGAAGAAGCUAUAUACCAUGGAUUGGAAUCUAAAGUUUUGUUGAGUGAUACGGAGGCAAGGACUUUAAGGUGCCACCAGUGCUGGCGAAAAAGUAAGAGUGGUGUUGUCAUUUGCAUCCAGUGCAAGAGAAAGAGAUAUUGUUAUGAGUGCAUAGGAAAAUGGUAUCCAGAUAAAACUAGAGAGGAGAUAGAGACUGCUUGCCCCUUUUGUCUUGGCAAUUGCAAUUGUCGAUUGUGCUUGAAGGAGGAUAUAUCUGUGGUUGCUGGGACUGGUGAAGCAGAUACAGAUGUCAAAUUACAAAAGUUGUUUUACUUGCUUGACAAAAUUCUGCCUUUACUCCAUAGUAUCCAACGGGAGCAGAUAUCAGAAUUGGAAAUAGAAUCUAAUAUGCUUGGUUCACAUUUGCUGGAAGAGGAAGUUGUGCAGUCACUAAUUGAUGAUGAUGAGCGUGUUUAUUGUGACAACUGCAAUACAUCAAUUGCCAAUUUCCACAGAAGUUGUCCCAAUCCUAAUUGUCAGUACGAUCUCUGUCUAACAUGUUGCAUGGAACUAAGAAAUGAAUUUUACUGUGAGGAAAUUCCUGCUAAUGGCAAUGAAGGAACAGAUGAUACACCACCUGUUACUUUUUGGAGAGCAGAGAUAAAUGGUGGUAUUCCUUGCCCACCAAAAGCUAGGGGCGGUUGUGGUAGCACCAUUCUUUCACUGAGGCGUCUUUUUAAAGCUAAUUGGGUUGACAAAUUGAUUAAGAACGCGGAGGAACUUACUUUCAAAUAUAAACCACCUAAUAUUGAUCUAUCUCUAGGAUGUCCAAUAUGUCACAGAUUUGAGGAAGAGGCAGGACAGAAUUCUGUAAGGAAGGCAGCAUCCAGGGAUAUCAAUCAUGGUAACUUUUUGUACUGCCCAGAUGCUGUCAAUAUGGGAGACACAGAAUUUCAGCAUUUUCAAAGACACUGGAUGAGAGGUGAACCUGUAAUAGUUAGGAAUCUUUCUCAAAAGGGUAGCGGUCUUAGCUGGCAUCCAAUGGUGAUGUGGAGGGCUUUUAUGGGGGCGAAGAAGAUAUUAAAAGAUGAGGCAACUACUUUUAAAGCCAUUGACUGCUUAGAUUGGUGUGAGGUGCAUGCUUAG